CGAGCUUCAAUUGGGCCAAUCGAAUGCCGUCUGGCGUUGAAGAUGAGGCAGGGGGACACACGCAAUCCUGGUCGACGAACGGCAGACACCAACGAGACCCAUGCACGAGUCGCCGGCCGACGCGACGUGGGGGUACUACGACCUCCAUUCCACACCCACAGCGUCGCCGUACAUGUCUGCGAGGCGCCACUCCCGCCACGAGUCCCCGUCGUCGUCGUUCAAGCAGCACACCCGCGGUAGUCUGUGCUCGCCCCUGCCGCCGCCUCUCCGCACGAUCCGCCGCGUGACGUGUCUGCAUCAACUGGGCGGUCGAUCUCCGAACGAGUCGUUGACGAACUUGGACACGAGCUCAGGAAGCGGCGCGCCGACGUCUUCGACGAUGAUGAUGGUGCCGCCACUUCCCAAACACUCCCCGACGAUCCACAAAUGGAUCAGUCUGCCGCCGCCACCCCCUCCUCCUCCUCCUCCUACCAUACACCAAUAUACACCACAGGUGGAAAGCUCAGUGUAUAUGCGACACCGUCCUCCAAGUGCGAUGGACGGGUCGCCAACGCCGUUGCUGCUGAUGGCCAAGAUAGGAAUCCUGCGACAGAGUCACCGCACCGUCGUCGUGUCGUUGCAGCAUCAACAUCUGACGUGGCACGCUGUGGACGCGUCCUUUCGGCCUGUACACGGGUGUGUCAAGCACGACCUCGUCCUGACUCCCGGUACCACCUCCGUCCAAGCAGCCAAGAAACACUGGGCCAUCACCACCAGUAAGUAGGACACUUUGGCCUAUGUACUCGUUCAAGGUAAUGGAUGAUCAUGAUCCCUGUGUGUGAUAUCGGUAGAAAACACGUGCGUUCGAUUUGACUGCCCUAGCGCCGGAGCAUGCGCGGCCUGGGUGCGCACUCUCUUCCGCGUUCUUGAUGGACAUAGUUCAGCCAGUCCAGUGGACACACAUGCAUCCUUCCUUGGACCUACUAGUAGCAUCAUGCCAUCAACAUCGUCAUCGCUCUUGGCGUGGGUGACCACAUCCACAGCGCCCAUCCGCAUCACCACCUCUGUCAUCACCCCGCCUCGACGAAGACCCUUGGACGAUGACCAACACGACAGCUAACGAAGUACCCGUUUAUAUCACUGAUCUUUCUUUAGUUGGUUAAUGAUCAACUAACUACGGUAACCGAGACGGGGAUUGGAGUUCGUCGUCGGUACUUGUUUAUUACUCCGUACUAGUACACCUUUUUGCAGUUAAGUUGG